AUGGCGGCGGCGGUGUCGUUCUCCGCCGUCGCAUUGACGGGCGCCGUGAACCGCACCCUCCUCCUCUUGAGGCCGACGAGCGCCGACGCCUGGUGCGCGCUCAAGAUCAAGAGCGCGUGGAUCGACGCCGUCUGGGUGCUCGUCGCCUCGGCGACGGCGGUCUUCGCCGUGUUCCUCGGCCUCGCGGCGCGGCGCGUCCGCCUCCUGCGCGCCGCGGGGCGCGUCGACGAAGACGGCGACGGCGCGGCGGCGAGCGACGACGCGGCGGCGUGCGUUGGCGACGGCGCGGCGGCGAGCGACGACGCGGCGGCGUGUGACGGCGACGGCGCGGCGGCGAGCGACGCGGGGAGCGACGACGGCGCGGCGGCGAGCGACGACGGCGGCGCCGCGACGACGCGCGCGCGCUGCUCCGAGCUCCCCGCUUGGAUCGCGGCGCACGCGGCGUCGCCGCGCGCCCGGGAGACCGUCGUCGAGCUCGAGCGGGAAUGCGCGGCGUGGGCCGGCGCGGACGCGGUCCAGGCCGCGCUGAGCGCGCUCGACCUCGACUCGUCGCCCGCCGCCCAGGUGGCGACCAUGGCCGUCGUCGCGGCGCCCGGCGCGCUGGCCAUCGCGGGCCUCGCGGGCCGGCCGGCCGUGGACCCGGCCGUCGUCGACGUCGUCACCAAGCUCAGCGCCGUCGCCGCGGGCCUGUGCCUCAAGGAGGCCCUCUGGUGGUGGGUCGGCAGCGUCGACAACGUCCUCGACUCCUUCGUCGUUUCCGCGGUCCUGCUCUUCGUCGCGACGCGCGCGACGGACGUCGUCGAGUGCUUCGUGCGGCGGUGCGACUGCGACGGCGGCGGCGCGUCGCGCGGCAGCAUGCUCCUCGCCUUCCACGAGUCCAUCUGGUCCCAGGCCAUCGGCUGGAGCAUCGCCGGCGGCGUCGCGUCCAUGGCGUCGCUCGCGCUGCCCGGCGAGGACAACGUCGGCGGCUUCGACUUCGCGCUCGUCAACGCGCCGGCCGUGACGUUCGUGGCGGGCAUCGUGCUCAGGUGGCUCCUCUACCGCGUCGACGCCGCGCGCGAGAAGCAGGCGCGCAAGGCCGCGGAGGCCGACGAGGCGGGCGCGCCGCCGCGGGCCGCGGCCAAGCUCGAGCGGCGCUGCCGCCGCGCGGCGCAGCACCUGCACCUCACGACGCUCGCGCUGGGCCUCGUCGUCGGCUGGUCCUACGAGGAGGUCGCGACGCGGGCCAUCUGCCUGCCGGUCAUCGAGGACGCGGCGCCGGUCGCGCGGGUGCUGCUGACCUGGCUCAAGGCGGCCGUCGCGGCGAGCCUCGCGCCCGCGGCCCGCUCCGGCGCCUGCUCGAUGCUCGCGGCGUACCGCGACGGCCUCGCGCCGAGUCCCGCGCCGGCGGAGGGCGACGUCGAGGACGCCGCGGCGCCGGCGGAGAACCCGCUCCAGGACGACGACGCGCGCCGCGACACGGAGCUCGUGCCGCGGUCCUACGGCCGCGAGGAGGAGGAGGGCGCCACGGAGUACAAGCUGUCGCUCUGCUCCGCCGGCAGCAACAGAGUCAAGAAGCUCGUCACGCAGUGCCUCUACCGGCUCACGGAGGGCCACGGCCGCGCCGUGUACCGCGUCGGCGUCGAGGACGACGGCACGCCCAAGGGCCUGGACCGGGCGGAGCUCGGCGCGAGCUUGCGGACGCUCCGGUGCAUCGCGCGGCAGAACGGCGCCGCGCUGAACCCCUGCGCGGUCUUCGAGGUGUCGCCGGGCCACUUCGUCGCCGAGGUCGUCGUGGACGUGGGCUGCGACGCCGACGACGCGUCCCUCGACGCCUGGGUCGGCGACGGCGAAUUCGCGCCGGAGCUCGCGGCGCGGCCCGAGCGGUCGACGAAGUCCGCGCGGCGCGCGUCCAAGUUCGCCGCGAAACGAGAGAAGUGGCGGACCGCGGCGACGGCCGAGGCCGAGGACGACGAGACGGAGGAGGACGACGACGACGACGGGUCCGCGCGGCGCGUCGCGGUCAUCGGGAGCCAGGGCAGCGGCAAAUCGACGCUCGUGGGCGUGCUGAAAUCGGGCAUGCUCGACGACGGCCGCGGCCUCGCGCGCCAGCUCGUGCUCCGCCACGGCCACGAGGUGCGCGACGGCGGCCGCACGUCGGCGCUCAACGAGGUCCGCUGCGGCGGGCUGCGAUUGGUGGACGGCCCCGGCUCGGAGAAGUACCUCAAGACGACGAUCUUCGGGUUGACGGCGUUGCGGCCGCGCGCGGCGCUCCUCGCCGUCGACGCGCGGCGCGCGGCGAAGCUCGGGCGCAUGACCCUCGAGCACCUCGGCGUCGCCAUCGCGCUGCGGAUCCCCGUCGUCGUCGCCCUCACUCACGCGGACCUCGCGGCCGACGUCGAGGCCGCGACGGCGGGCGUGCGCGCGGUGCUCGCGCGCGCGGGCGUGCCCGACGCGCGCGUCGUCGUCGUGUCGUCCGUGACGGGCGCGGGCUACGACGCGCUCGAGGCCGCGGUGGACGCCGCGUGCGGCGACGGCUCGGAGACGGAGGCGUCGAGCGACGGCGAGGAGGCCGACGCGCGCGCGCCGGCCGUCGUCGUCGACGCGGCCUUCCGCGACGUGCCCGGCGCGGGCACCGUGCUCGGCGGCACGGUCGUCGGCGGCGACGUCAGGGUCGGCGCGCGGCUCGCGCUCGGGCCCGUGGAUUUGAGCGGCGCCUUCGUCGACGUCGAGGUCACGUCGAUCCGCGUCGAGGGCCACCGCCGCGACGUCGCGCGCGCCGGGUCGUCGGCGACCUUCGCCAUCGGCCACGGCGCCGAAUUUCGGGUCGCGUCGCUCCAGGGCAAGGCCGUCGUGGAAUUCACGGCGCCCGACGCGUCCUCCGCGGCGGGCGUCGCCACGCCCAAGCCGCGGACGAAGCGCGCGCGGUGCCGCCACCGGCGGCGCGCCGCGGGGCUCGUGCUGCUGCCGCGGCCGCCGCCGGGCGCGCCGCGGCCCAAGGGCGCGACGGUCUUCGCGGCGGACGUGCUCGUGCUCGCGGCGCCGGACGGCGGCCUCGCCGCGGGCUUCGAGGCCGUCGUCCACGCGGACGCCGUGCGCCAGGCCGCGCGCCUCCUGUUCGCGGACGGCGCGGGCGGCGUCGCCGCGGGCUCCACGCGCAAGUGCACCUUCGAGUUCCUCUACCACCCGGAGUACCUCGUCCCGGGCACGCGGCUCAUCCUCCGCGACGGCAGGACCCGCGCCGUCGGCACGGUCGCAUCUCAGAACAACAACUUCUGCAGCCGCUCGCAAUCAACAUGGCACGCGCGCCUCCUCCUCGCGCUCCUCGCCACCGCCACGGCCUUCGCGCCCAAGUCCACGAGUCGCUCCAGCGCCCUCGACCACCACGGCCCGCAGCACCACGACCUCCUGUCGCGAAUGCACUCGGCGCGGCAGGACUGCACCGUCGUCUUCGACGCCGAGGGCUCCUACUGCCUGGAGGAUUCGCUGUCCCGCCCCGCGGCGCCCAUGACGCGCGCGGACGCGCUGACGUGCCUCGCCACGGACGAGUGCGAGGUCCCGGAGCGCUACGCGAGCCUCCUCGAGGUCAAGCGGACCGGCGCGAAGCCGUCGCUCCAGGUCUUCGACUCCGAGGGCAGCCACAUGCGCUAG